AUGGGUCGAGAGACGAUCACCCCCUUUCUCUAUUCACCCCCAAAAACACCCACACCAUCAGCCCUGCUUGAAGUGCUUGGGGAAAGUGUGACGGGGGCUAAAAGGAAGCUGGAUCUAGAGGACCCUCUCUACAUGCCAGAGUUCCGAACACCAAAAGGCAAAAGCAGCAUCGCAGUGAGGAUACCAAGUCCGAGGACUCCAAAGUCUCCAGGUGAGCGGACACGGUACGAUACCUCCUUGGGCCUGCUGACGAAGAAGUUUGUGGGUCUGAUCGCAGAGUCUCCUGAUGGAGUUUUAGAUCUGAACUGGGCCACGGAGGUCCUGGAGGUCCAGAAGAGACGCAUCUAUGACAUCACCAACGUACUGGAGGGAGUCCAACUCAUUAGAAAGAAGUCAAAGAACAACAUCCAGUGGCUGGUUGGAGAUGUAUUUGAGGGUGGUGCAAGUGGAGGAGAGAAGGCCUGCGCCCUGCGGAAAGAGCUUGGAGAACUGGAGAGGGUAGAAAGGUCUCUGGAUGAGCUGAUCCACUCCAGCACCGCACAGCUCAAACAACUCACAGAAUAUGAAGACAAUAAAAGGUUGGGCUAUGUGACAUAUCAAGACAUCCGCUCCAUCGGGACCCUCCGAGAUCAGACAGUCAUUGCCGUCAAGGCCCCCGCUGACACCAAACUGGAGGUGCCAGACACGGCAGGGCAGGGCUCAUUACAGAUAUAUUUAAAGAGUAAGAAUGGACCCAUUGAAGUCUACCUGUGUCCAGAGGAGGGUCUCGAAGAUGCUAGCCCAGUAAAAAGCGCUAUCACUCCUAAAAAGGAGUUCCCUCAGCCCCUCUGCCAUCCACCAGCAACCCCAAUGGCUCCACCGUGCUACAGCGUCAAAGAGGAGCCGUCUGAAUGCAACAUUUCCACAGCUGCUUCCUGUGCUGCAGCCUCCACCGCCGCCCUGUUGGAUGUGGAGCGUCUGCUGGGUCUGCCCCCCAGCCUGAUGCAGAUGACAGAAGACCAGCUUCCUUGCACCUCUUUUGCCCCCGACCCCAACACCCCCUUUGUCAGUUUCUCUCCCCCGUUGGACCACGACGAUUACCUCUGGAGCCUGGAGGACAGCGAGGGAGUGUCAGACUUCUUCGACACCUACGAUCUCGGAGAACUUUUGAAGAGCUGAGGUGUAGAUGAAGGAGGGUGGAGGUAAUCUGCGGGGAUUAAAGGGGAAUAUUUAAUGAAAUGCCUUCACGAGGUAGUACAUAUUACACUAUGAAGCCAUAACUCUUUGCUUUUACCAUGCCUGUUUUGAUGUCAAUGAACCCAAAGGAGGAGUUACCCCCUUUUUGAUUAUUUUAUUGAGGGUUUAGAUUGACAUGGAUGUGUAAUCGCCAACCAUUAGGAAACACUGUUUUAAAAGCAUGUAUUAACUUGAACGAACAUAGGAGUUUUUUAUGCAUUUCACAUCCCCAGCGACAAAAUCUGAUGUGUCUCAUCAGGCGGUGUUUACAGUGAAAACUCAGGAAUUUUUUGUUUAUUUUUGUUUCCAAAGGUUUUGUGCCACUCUUUGGCCUGUAGGGGGCAGCCUUGUAUAAUGUCAGCUUUAACUGCCAUGCAGCUUUACAUGAUUCAAUCACUGGAUUCUUGCUGUGAAUAAUACCAGUUUUUGUAGGCGCAUAAACAAUAUCUGAUUUUGAGCUUGUUUUGCUUUGUCAGAUCAGGUUCUCUUUCUCCGCCUUAAGCUUUAUUUCUGGCCUCGUACCUGUUUGUGCCAAAAUGUGAAAGGCAGCUUCUGACACCCAAUAAUGGAGCCAGAUCCAGAGUCAAUGACUGAUAAUGGGUCCUUUGUGACCACAUACAAUCUCUGACUGAUCUAGAAGGCCACACUCACUCAUGUUGGUAUGGCAGCUUUCUUUCAAAUCCAGGUUCUCCUCUAUAAAUGCGAAUUUGCUGAUUUUAAUAGAAGUUUGUAGAUUUAGUAGUGUGACACUACUAUUGUAUUUCUGAGGCAAUACCCCCAAAUAAAUCAAAUUCUGCAUCUGUGUUGCAGGUGUGAUGGAAGGGGGGGUUUAUUGAUGUAAUUAAGGUUUAAUUAGAGUAGCUAUUUGCAUUUGCUGUUGUUCAGAAAUGGAUGAAGUCUGCUUACUGUCUAGCAGCAACAUAAACAAGAAAUAAUUAUUGUCUUAGCUCUUUUAAAUUUCACGCCCAUAAUUGCUUCAAUGCAUGCUGGUGCAACCAUUUUAAAUUUCAAAGCCAUGCACGCGACGUCAGAGCAGCUGUGUCUUUUAUCUGUUUACAUUUAUUUUUUCGCAGCGUUCUAGACAUUCGGAAAUUUGAACUUCAUGCAGAUAUAAUUGUGGCUUUCCCUCUAAACUGCAGAGAUAAGCUAAUUGUCCUGUCCUAACAAAACUUGAAACGUGUGUGUGUGUGUGUUUAUGUAUGUGUGUGUGUGUGUGUGUGUGUGUGUAUAUAUUUUUGACAGUUUGGGAAAUGGGUCUCAUGGUGUGUUUGUGUGAGUUUUAUGAUGUAGAUUAGUUAAUGUGAAUUCAGAAUUUGUAGUUAUUUUUUUCAAUGAGCAUUAUUUUUCUGGUAUUUGUACAUAAUUUGUUUUGUAUUUAUACCUGCAUCUUUGAAAGUUGAUACUUGCCUUUUUUUAUUUUUACAGAAGGCAAAACUGUUUUUGUAUGACAUGCGGCACUUAAUAUUUUUGUAAUAUUGUGUGGUCUGUUUGAAAUUAUUAAAUAAACACU